AUGGCUAACAAUACUAAGGAGUUUGAUUUUAUUAUUGUUGGAGGCGGUCCUGCAGGAUGUACCAUUGCCUCACGACUGGCAUCCUGUUCGGAGAAACCCAGGGUCCUCCUAUUAGAAGCUGGAAAACACAAUGACUCAGAAGACCUCAUGGUCGACGGGCAGAGAUGGACCACACUACAGCAGCCGGGGAUGAAUUGGGGCUACACCACGGUGUCGCAGGAAUAUUGCAAUGGCCGCCAACUCGAUUACAGUCGGGGACGGGGUUUGGGAGGCAGUACUGCGAUAAGCUUUGGCUUUUGGACUGUUGGAUGUCGCGGAGACUACGAUCGCUGGGCGGACCUCGUCGACGAUCCUCGCUUUGAUUGGGUACAUAUGCAAGCGCGAUUCAAAGCUCUCGAGUCAUUCCAGACAGAGGACGCUGAGGCCAGUUACGGUGACUACGUCUCUCCGCGACGCGAUGACCACGGCCAACACGGACCACUCAAGGUAGGCUAUGCCAAACUAUGGGAGCGGGAUAUUGUGCCUAUGUUGGAUAUCUUUCGUGAUGCAGGCUUUCCGAUCACCCGGGACCUUAACAGCGGUAAUCCAUUAGGCAUAGGACCCGUGAUCAAUUCUUGCUACCAAGGGCGACGAACGACUGCAAUUACUUUGCUCCAAAAUAGUAGCAAUAAUCUCACUACUAUUACCGAGUGCUCAGUAGAGAGACUGGUGCUCGAAGGGAAGCGUGUCAUUGGUGUUGAAGCUGCCGGGGCUCGCUUGGACUAA